UGGGAAAUAGGAGCAACUCUGCGAUGGAAAGAAAACAAGUCGCGGACGUGUGUCAGCUGCUGAAGAUUUAAUGCAUUCUCCAAGAUGGCUUUAGACAUAGCAUCCUCCAUGGAGCAAACAACAGUCACGUUUGAGCUGAAGGAUGUCAACCUUCAUGACCAGGGAAAGAACAGUGUUGGUAUGAAGGAUUUUGAACUACUGAAAGUUCUAGGAACAGGAGCCUAUGGGAAAGUUUUCCUGGUAAGAAAAAUUGGUGGAGCUGAUGAUAAAAAGUUGUAUGCUAUGAAAGUUCUUAAGAAGGCGGCAAUUGUACAGAAAACGAAAACUACAGAACACACCAAGACUGAACGACAAGUGCUGGAGGUGAUUCGACAGUCGCCAUUCCUUGUCACGUUACACUACGCCUUCCAGACAAAAGCGAAACUUCAUCUCAUCCUAGAUUAUGUAAAUGGAGGCGAACUUUUUACUCAUCUAAAUCAACAUGACAAAUUCACGGAAAAAGAAGUACGAAUUUACAUUGGUGAGAUUGUUUUAGCUUUGGAGACACUUCACAGGCUGGGGAUUAUCUACCGCGACAUCAAACUGGAGAACCUUCUCCUGGACAACACAGGACACAUCAUCCUCACAGAUUUUGGACUCAGUAAGGAAUUUCUUCCUACAGAGAAUCACAGAGCGUAUUCCUUUUGUGGAACAAUAGAGUACAUGGCCCCUGAGGUGGUGGAAGGUGGGAGGACGGGACAUAACUAUGUUGUCGACUGGUGGUCACUAGGCGUGCUCACCUAUGAACUAUUGACUGGAGCAUCACCUUUCACAGUGGACGGAGAGAAAAAUACUCAGUCGGAAAUCUCCAGAAGGAUAUUGAAGGCCAACCCCCCAAUGCCAAGUGAAUUUUCAAGUGAAGUGCGGGACUUCAUUCAGAAACUCUUAACAAAGGACCCAAACAAAAGACUUGGAUCUGAUGGAACAACUGGUAUAAAGAAGCAUAAAUUUUUCAAGGGUGUCAAUUGGGAUAGACUAGCACAGAAGGAGGUACCAGCCCCAUUUGUACCCAAGAUUGACCACGAGUUGGAUACUGGUAAUUUUGCUGACGAGUUUAUCAGAAUGGAUGCCAUCGACUCCCCAGCAAUUAUUCCGAUGGACUCCGAAAAAAUAUUUAAGGGUUACUCGUAUAUUGCACCGUCCAUCAUAUUCAGUGAGAACAUGGUCAGUUCUGAACUGUUAACGAGGUCUACUGAGAAUCAGCCAGUCGACCAUAAAAUACAACUCGCUCGACAUUUUAAAAAUUCAACAUUUUUUCAGCAUUAUGACAUAGAUCUAAAGAAACAGCCUCUAGGGGACGGAAGUUUCUCCAUUUGCAGGGAGUGUUAUCACAAGAAACUCGGGACAAAGUAUGCCGUUAAGAUUGUAUCCAAGAGGGUGGACUGUUCAAGAGAGGUGCGGUUACUGAAGCUGUGCCAAGGACACCCUAACAUUGUAGACUUUAUAGAGGUGCACCAGGACGAGUACCAUGUCUACAUAGUGCUAGAGUUGUUGAAAGGUGGAGAGCUACUCGACAGGAUACGGAAAAAGAAGAGUUUCACAGAGCCAGAGGCUAGCGAAAUCAUGUGGAAGCUUGUAAAGGCUGUACAUUUCAUGCACUCUAAAGGUGUGGUACAUCGUGAUCUGAAACCGGAGAACCUGCUGUUCCAGGAUGCAACAGAGACAGCCAACAUAAAAAUUGUCGACUUUGGAUUUGCAUGUCGAAAACCUGAAAAGCAGAUGAUGCAGACGCCGUGUUUCUCACUGCCAUAUGCUGCACCUGAAGUCCUGCCAGGGAAAAUGCUGCCUCGCGAUGGCUACGACGAGUCAUGUGACCUGUGGAGUCUUGGUGUUAUUUUGUACACUAUGCUGUCAGGGAAGGUGCCCUUCCAAACCAGAGGCAAGGCAGAUAACGCCAGUGCUAUCAUGAAUAGGAUCAAGGUGGGAGAGUUUGAUUUCUCUGGAGCGGAGUGGGACGAUGUAUCACAGCCUGCUAAGGCUCUUAUACAAGGUUUGCUGACAGUAGAGCCGAGAAAGAGGCUUACGAUGGACAACCUUCUACAGAUUGAGUGGUUAACCGGAAAUAACAGUGAAGUAUUUUCUGCCACCCCGUUGCGUACCCCUGGUGUGCUGUGUCAGAGCCUGGCAGUACACCAGCAGCUCAGUGUCACCAUGGGUGCCUUCCAGAAAGCCACACGUGAAGGCUUCCGCCUGCAAGACGUUAACAAGGCCCCACUAGCACGGCGUAGGAAGGACCGUGAUACCCGGAAGAACAGUUCUGGUGGAGAGCCCCGCAGUGGGUCGUCGGACAGUAAUAAUUCUAGCAGUUCGUCAGGAACUAUACAGUCUGAUAGCACAUCACAGUCAGACUCCACCCCUCCAGACUUACUGGCAGAUCGGGGCUUGAUCAGUAUUCCAGUCAGGAAUCUAUCAGAUGUGUCAAACGGCUCCAAUACCUCACAGGGCUCCACCUAUAGUACAGGGUUCGUGCCCAACAAUAAAGGACAGAUAACUCUAGCUGACGACUCUGGUCAGCUGACACAGGUGCUUGACAAUAGCCAAUCCAGCUCCAUUCUGAUUCGCUCACCCUCGACUGAAUCUGAUGAUGCGACACAGCUAUUCCAGGCAUCCCGUGGUACCAAACGGAAACACGAUAGUUUGGGAGAGAGUGGCUGCAGCAGCAGCUGUGAUGCGGAGGAAGAUGAUGACUGUGUCAUAAUGGUUCCUACCACGGAUGUACUCACUGUCACUCUAGACUCUUGCUCAAAGGCCAGUCCUAUCGUCAUUGACGACUAGUCCAUUAGGUUAAAAGUCCUGUUGAUCUGAAAGUGCUUAUCUGACAGAGGAUAUUUACAGGUAUUGGUGUGGCAACUUGUAAUGCCGUUUACCCGAAAGAAGAUACUUGAUAAUCUAAUGUUCUUCACCUGAUGGCCUUGUAGGUGCCUUACCAAGACCUAUAUGUAGCAAAGUUCAGCAGGCUUCUUCCUUUCAAGCUACUUGAAGGUUCAGCAGAGUGAAGGUUCAGCAACUUACUAGUUAUUUGAAGGUUCAGUAGUCUUCUACCUACCUUAAAGUUCAGUACUCUAUCCUUCAAGCUACAGGAACGUUCAGUACUCUAGCCUCUUAGCUACCUAGAAGUUCAGUAGCCUUUAGCUACCUGAAAGUUCAGUACACUAGCCUUUUAGCUACCUGAAAGUUAAAUAGCCUCUCAGCUACCUGAAAGUUCAGUAACCUUUAGCUACCUGAAAAUUCAGUAACCUUUAGCUUCCUGAAAGUUCAGUACUUUAGCCUCUUAGCUACCUAAAAGUUCAGUACUGUAGCUUUCCUGCUACCUAAAAGUUCAGUACUG